AUGGCCAUCUCUCUUGCCAACAACAACAACUGUAGCCCGACGCGGCUGGGUCUAGUCCCUGAGGAAAAAGUGUCGAAGAAGCAGAGCAUGUGGCAUAAAUUAGGUCUGCGAAGAUGGCUGGGCCGCGACGAUCGAGAUUCUUCCGACAAUGACUCUUCCUCCCCCCACAACAACCACAACAAUAACAACAACCACAACCGCGCUGCCUCGGUGGAUAGCAACUCGCGCUCCAGACAGGACAACUUGACCCGUCGACUGUCUCGCCGCGUAGGGGUUGGUUUACCCCGAUCGACACCCUUCAAAAGAUCGAUUCCCGAGCUUCCAGACCGUCUAGCGCCCGAACAUGAACAGCGUCGCGCCCAGUCCGCCGACCGCAGUAGCCCCUCGAACGCCCGAUCUCAGUCUCCACUACCACCAACGGGCCCACGACUGUCCGCACCAGAGGUUCAGUGGCUCGGCCCGACACAUACUACCAUGGUUGACGAGCCCCUGGACGAUUUCGAUCCUUUUGCAUCCCCCGAGCCCCUCGAACCCCUCGAACUCGUCGAAUCCGAGGAACCAAAUGAAGAAACCAGUCUCUAUGCCGGCUGGGAAGGAGACCUGACAACCGAUCCCCCUGAGGUGGAGGCGCCGGCGCCAGACACAAUCGAUAUGGAUCUGGAUAAUCGAUGGAUCCUCAAUCUGAGUAUGCACUUUCGGGAUCGUUCAGAAAGGGAGAAGUUUUUCAUCACCUACGUCGAAAAUCCCUACCAAUGGCGACGAGUGACAAUUUCCUGCGAUUACCGUGGGGCAGAGCCCGAUUCACUGGAAGCUGAUCUGAAGGGACUUCGAUAUCAGCGAGACAAAAGCGUUCGCAUUUACGAGUCACUCCGUGAUUCCCUUCCUGACAUCCAGUUCUACGAUACUGUGACGAAUCUGAAGGUUGAAACUAGCGAUGGUCGUCUCCACGUUCACGUCACCGAGGACGUAAACGAAAUCAUUCCCUACCCUCCCAUUUCCAGCAUCGGCCAUCUCGCAGGCGCUCGAUGCAUUCCAGAAACCCACCUCCACUUCGAUGCGCAUCUUUCCGGGUUUGUUUAUAAAGUACAACAGGAUGGACAUAAUUUUAUCAAGAAGGAAAUUCCCGGGCCCGACACCGUCGAUGAAUUCCUUUACGAGAUCAAUGCUCUCCACGCCCUGGUCGGCUCGCCCAAUGUGAUUCAAGUGGGAGGCAUUGUGGUGGAUGAGCACCACCAGAAGGUCAAGGGGCUUCUCAUUAGCUAUGCUGAACGAGGUGCCCUGGUCGAUAUCCUGUACGAUCAACGUGGUCGCAUUCCCUUUGCUAGGCGGGAGCGGUGGGCCAAAGAAAUUGUCCAGGGUUUAUGCGAGAUCCACGAGUCCGGCUACGUCCAAGGCGAUUUCACUCUGUCAAAUAUUGUGGUGGACGCGGACGAUAAGGCCUUUAUUAUCGACAUAAAUCGCAGGGGCUGCCCCGUUGGAUGGGAACCCCCCGAAAUUGCUCAGAAAAUUGAGAGCAACCAACGGAUCUCGAUGUACAUUGGCGUCAAGACAGACCUCUACCAGCUCGGCAUGACAUUGUGGGCAUUGGCAAUGCAAGAAGAUGAGCCUGAGCGACAACCUCGUCCAUUAUUCCUUGGUUUUGAUGUGGACGUGCCAGAUUACUAUCGACGAAUAGUCGAUAUCUGUCUGAGCCCAAUGCCUCGACACAGAAUAUCCGCCAAAGAACUGCUCUCAUUCUUUCCCACGCAUCUAUUUCCCCGACCAGACCACCGAUUUCCAUGCGCCACCUCGGCAACGACCCACCUUCCCAAAAGCAAUCUUGUCGAUCCCCAGCGCACGAGAACCACACCCAAUCUCAAUCUAUUCACCCCUGUCUCCUCAUUGAAGUAUUCGAGUGAGCAGGAUAUCGAUAUUUCUCCGCCCCUAUUCCACGACCACCCUGGCCAGGGCAAAAGAUCGACCGUCACACUAGCUGAUUCCAAUGACGGAGUCGCUUUUCCAUCUCGACAUUCUUCCGCGUCCACUCUAAACCACCAUGAAUCCAAUGGUCUGGACGGCGGGUGUUGGAAUGAAGAUUCCCACUCUUCAUUCCGAGAACCAGCUUCGGAAUUGCCAACUGAUCAUCAAAUACAAACCGAUGUACCAUCUGUGUGGGAAAGUACAGUUGGUCACGGCUUCGGUCCAAUGGAAACGGAUCUCCAGCCACGACUCUGUGAAUCACACACCGAAUCAGAGGAAUCGACCGAGUCUUCGUACCACUCUUCCAAUGCUACAACGGCGAGCGAGCAAUUAUCUAAUGGGCUUGGUCUCGCCCAUGAUGAGGAAUCCCAAUCUGCUCCCACCGAUAGAAACAAUGCGCCUCUUGUGCGAACAAAUGAGUUUCCUGAACCAUCAACAUCCCUGUUUCUCUCGGCUUUGCCCAUCAAUCCAGCUCUCUCCAAGCGCAAGUCGUUUCCUCCGGAUGUUAGCAGCAUUCGCCGAGGCGAGGACAGCUCCGCUCAGUCCAACCCUUCGCACCAUCAAUUGGCAUUCCUGCUCGCCGAUUCUCAACUGCCAAUCAACCCAGCCGUGGCUCCCCCCGUCCCCUUACUUGUCUCUUCCAAGUCAGAAACCCCAGAGUCUUCGAUACUACCUCUUAAGCAGUCCGUGAUUGCUCCUCACGGGCUGAACAUUUCUCUUUCGGAGUCUCGGCUGCCAAUCAAUCCAGCAAUAGGUAUACCGAAGCGCAAAUCCUUCCCCCCCGCCUCGCUAUCUGACCGAAAAUCUGGAAUACACUUGGUUCAACUUAAAAUGGUUUCUGAGCGACUGGUAUCAUUUCUGUCUGAAUCUCGAUUGCCCAUCAACCCUGCUCUGAACACCUCUGAACCCCAUACCAUUCUCCCGGCCUCGGAGAAUAAACCACGCCCCGGAUUACGACCAGCACGCUCGCCUAUUCAAUGCCGCCCGACGCCGUCUCUAUCCGAAUCUAUAUUACCCAUCAACCCCGCCCUGAGUAUUCCUGAACACAACACCAUUCCUUCGGUGUCAGAGAAAAAACCAUCCCCCGGGCUACGACCAGCACGACCCUCCAUCCAACGCCGACUGUCAUCAUCUUUGUCCGAAUCGCAAUUACCAAUCAAUCCCGCGUUUAGAAACAUCCAUGUCAAUCUCUUCUGA